CCCCGCCCCCAAGUCUGAGUGCACCUCGAUUUCUGAGCCCCAGGCUGCACGGUAGCUGUGGCUGCUGAGCAUCCCCGGCUGCUCCGGGAGCCUGCAGACCCCGCGUCGAGGCGGAGUUCUGCGGCGGGAAACCGCGCGUCCAUCGCCACCUCGCGAAAUAACCAGCCGGCCCCGGCCGGGCGCCCCUCCAAGGGACAAACUAUUUGCGGGUCCUCGGCCGCGCGUGAGACUUCCGCGGAGCGAAGGACCUUGGGGUUUGUUCCUUUUGGCGGGUCUUGACACUUGUUCCUAGCAAGUAGCAGACAAAUUAAUGGCAGUGCGAGUGCUUGUAAUUGGCAGUGGGGGAAGGGAACACACACUAGCUUGGAAACUUGCUCAGUCUCGGCAUGUCAGCCAGGUGAUAGUUGCUCCAGGAAAUGCAGGAACAGCCAACAGUGGGAAGAUUUCAAAUUCAGCUGUGUCAGUCAGUCAUCAUACUGCCCUCGCUCAGUUCUGCAAAGAUCAGAAAAUUGAACUUGUAGUUGUUGGACCAGAGGCUCCUCUUGCUGCUGGAAUUGUUGGGGAUCUAACAUCUGCAGGAGUGAGGUGUUUUGGUCCCACAGCAAAAGCAGCUCAGUUAGAGUCCAGCAAAAAAUUUGCCAAGGAUUUUAUGGACCGACAUGGAAUCCCAACUGCAAAGUGGAAGGCUUUCACCAACCCUGAAGAAGCCUGCAACUUUGUUAUGAGUGCAGAUUUUCCUGCUUUGGUUAUAAAGGCCAGUGGUCUAGCUGCUGGAAAAGGAGUAAUUGUGGCUAGUAACAAAGAAGAGGCCUGCAAAGCAAUUCAAGAUAUAAUGCAGGAUAAAGCUUUUGGAGCAGCUGGUGAUACUGUUGUAAUUGAAGAAGUUCUUGAAGGAGAAGAGGUGUCUUGUUUAUGUUUUACUGACGGUAAGACUGUGGCCCCAAUGCCACCAGCACAGGACCAUAAGCGAUUACUGGAUGGAGACCAUGGCCCAAAUACGGGAGGAAUGGGAGCUUAUUGUCCAACACCUCAGGUUCCUAAAGAUCUGUUAUUAAAAAUUAAAAAUACCAUUCUUCAGAGAGCAGUAGAUGGCAUGCAGCAGGAAGGUGUUCCAUAUGUAGGGAUAUUGUAUGCUGGUAUAAUGCUUACCAAGGAUGGCCCAAAAGUUCUGGAGUUUAAUUGCAGAUUUGGGGAUCCAGAAUGCCAGGUAAUUCUUCCACUUCUUAAAAGUGAUUUAUAUGAAGUAAUUCAAUCAGUUUUAGAUGGUCAGCUUUCUAAUUCUCUGCCAGUCUGGCAUGAAGAUAGUGCUGCUGUAACUGUUGUCAUGGCGAGUAAAGACUAUCCCGCAAAUUACACCAAAGGCAUGGAGAUAACAGGAAUUCCUGAGGCUAAAGCUUUAGGCCUGGAGGUGUUCCAAGCAGGCACAUCCCUGAGAGAGGAUAAAGUAGUAACUAAUGGUGGUAGAGUUCUUACAGUAACAGCCGUGCAGAAAGAUCUGAUAUCAGCUCUUGAAGAAGCCAAUAAAGGAAUAACUGUUAUAAAAUUUGAAGGAGCAGUUUAUAGAAAAGACAUUGGCUAUCGAGCUAUCUCUUUCCUAAAACAGUCCAGAGGCCUGACUUACAAGGAAAGUGGGGUGGAUAUUGCAGCUGGCAAUGAACUGGUUAAGAAAAUUAAGCCUUUAGCUAAAGCCACCUCCAGACCGGGAUGUAAUGUAGACCUUGGAGGAUUUGCUGGUCUCUUUGACUUAAAAGCAGCUGGUUUUAAAGAUCCCCUUCUGGCAUCUGGAACAGAUGGAGUUGGAACCAAAUUAAAGAUUGCCCAACAGUGCAAUAAACAUGAUACCAUUGGUCAAGAUUUGGUUGCAAUGUGUGUCAAUGAUAUUUUGGCUCAAGGAGCAGAGCCUCUAUUUUUCCUUGAUUAUUUUUCCUGUGGAAAACUUGAUGUCAGCACAGCUGAAACUGUCGUUGCGGGUAUAGCAAAAGCAUGUGAAAAAGCAGGAUGCGCUCUUUUGGGAGGUGAGACAGCUGAAAUGCCUGGUGUGUAUCCCCCUGGAGAAUAUGACCUUGCAGGUUUUGCUGUUGGUGCCAUGGAGCGAGAUCAAAAGCUCCCUCAACUGGACAGAAUCACUGAGGGGGAUGUUAUCAUUGGAAUAGCCUCUUCUGGAGUUCAUAGUAAUGGAUUCAGCCUUGUAAGGAAGAUUGUAGAAAAUUCUUCCUUCCAGUUAUCCUCUUUAGCACCUGAUGGAUGUGGUAAUCAAACUCUAGGGGAAUUGUUGUUAAAUCCGACCAAAAUCUAUAGCCGAACAUUGUUACCUGUUCUUCGUUCAGGGCAUGUUAAGGCCUUUGCCCAUAUUACUGGAGGUGGACUACUUGAAAACAUCCCUAGAGUUCUUCCAGAGAAAUUCGGGGUAGAUUUGGAUGCUCGAUGCUGGAAGAUCCCUAGAAUAUUCUCAUGGCUUCAGCAUGAGGGAUGCCUCUCAGAAGAGGAAAUGGCUAAGACAUUUAAUUGUGGAAUUGGGGCUGUCAUGGUGGUACAGAAAGAUCUGGCUGAGCAAGUUCUGAAGGAUGUACACCAGCAAGAGGAGGAAGCCUGGAUAAUCGGGAAUGUAGUUACUUGUCCUAUAGGUUAUUCCCGUGUGAAAGUCAAUCAUCUGAUUGAAACAAUGCAAAUAAAUGGAUCGUUCUCAUUAGUGAAUGAAUCUUUAAAGGGUUGCCUUGGUAUCCAACCAAAGAGGGUACAAGUGGCUGUCUUAAUAUCUGGAACUGGCACGAAUCUCCAGGCCCUAAUAGAUAGCACUCGGGAAUCAACCAGCUACGCACAAAUUGUUGUUGUUAUCUCUAACAAAGCUGGAGUGGCAGGGCUACAGAAAGCAGAAAAUGCUGGUAUUCCUACUAAGGUAAUUGAUCAUAAAUUAUAUAAAAGUCGUUCAGAAUUUGACAGUGAAAUUGACAGUGUCCUUGAAGAGUUCUCCAUUGACCUAGUCUGUCUUGCAGGAUUCAUGAGAAUUUUGUCUGGUCCUUUUGUCCAAAAAUGGAAUGGUAAAAUACUCAACAUACACCCAUCAUUGCUCCCUUCUUUUAAGGGUUCGAAUGCCCAUGAGCAGGUUCUUGAAGCUGGAGUGAGAAUCACUGGAUGUACAGUACAUUUUGUGGCUGAACAAGUGGAUUCUGGACAAAUCAUUGUUCAAGAGGCUGUCCCAGUAAUGAGAGGUGACACUAUUGCAACUUUAUCAGAAAGAGUAAAAAUAGCAGAACAUAAAGCAUUUCCUGCUGCUUUACAGAUGGUGGCUAGUGGUGCAGUAAAACUUGGAAAAAAUGGAAAAAUUUGUUGGAAUGAUGAGGAAUAAAACACCUUAAAUUUAGGGUGAAAGAAUUGGAUUUAUCUAUCAAAUGUGGUCAUUUAUACUUUCUGUCAUGUAUACAAAAUAACAGCUAACAGAGGAGAAAUCCUUAUGCCUCUGUUUGUUUAAAAAAAAACUAUUCCUUACUAAUAGUUCCUCAUAAGAUUGAUAUAUCACCAUAUGUAUGUACAGCUCUUUUUGUGUUGGCAAAGAAUUGGAAAUUGAGGGGAUACCCAUCAGUUGGGGAAUGGCUGAACAAGUUGU